AUGCAAUGGGUGGCGAAUCCAUACCAAGACCAUGCAAGCCAGCCUGCUGUUUUGAUGAUGGAUAAAUUGAUAAAUGCAGAGGAAAUCAGAGAGGCCGGAGAGGAAUUCGUUGCGAAUCCGCAAUUCGCCCUGCAGGUCUACAGCACCGUAUCUCUUGAUUCUGACUACACCGCUCUCUGUCAAUAUCUCAGUCGAGAGAUCCAUGACUGGCCAUCCAUUUCUUUUGAGAUAUAUAGCCCCCAGCCGGAUGUAUUUGCCUGCGUAGAGCAUCAAAGACGGGAGAUUUUCCAUAGAAAGACCACGACCCCAGGAGAGGGAUUGUUCCCUGGAAUUGCAAAGGCAGUAACAAACGACUCAACCUCGCUUCCUCAGGGUUUACUUUUUGUGAUCACCUCACACAGCUACCGCGACGGCUUUCUUGCCCCUAAAUACGAAGAUGAAACUGGCCCGUUAUGGGUAAGUUUCAACAGGAGUUUCCCUCUCAAGGCAAAAGCGGAUUUGCGCUCACGUCUUCUGUGGGUGCCGCCCACAGGCUACAAUCCUUCGGCGGUUGAGGAGUCGGAUAUCUCCCCUGAAAGAGAGGAGAUCAUGGUGCAGGCAUGUCGGCAGACAUAUUAUCCCUUUAAAGACCUACAUUUCGUACUGCGUCGGAGUUACAUUAACGAUGAUUAUGAAUUUGAUUAUGGCCUCGAUGACGAUGAAGGAGAUCCAGAUUCGUUAAAUCAACUACCAUCGUCAGAGACAAUUGAGUCAUGGCAGUCAAAUGUUAAUUCACACCAUCAUCAUGAUUUCUCCGUGAAAUCAUCUGCUGGGGAGCUUAUUCUAAUCAAAUCAAACUUGGCGGACACAGAGCCAGAUCUGCAAUAUGUUAUACAUGUUUCAUUCGCUCAUACUAGCUCACAGCUCCCAUCCAUCGCACAGGCCUUUGCCGCGGCCAUAACAGAAAACCUACCACUUGGAAAGACAAUCAACUUUGAAUUUCAUUCAGCAUCUUCUCAAUGCCUAAGUGUUAUCCUAGCAUCACACUAUGAUAUCAUGAAUGUCCGACCAGAUAUGGUCGUGGGCGCUUAUAAGCAUGAAAGUCAAACACGGAUCUUCCCGCAGGAUCGUAACGAGGACUUCCCAGAAACCGCCCUGAAGGUCAAAGAGCCAUACCAGACCUUUUUCGUUAUUAUUGACCGGCCGGAUUUCCUCACUGCCCAUGGUGUGCUUUAUUUCCUGACGGAUGGCAAUGAAUACACAGACGAGUGGAGACGGAUCAACCCCCAGUCGAUAGCUGAUAAUGAGCGUAGUAACUGCUGGAUUUAUCAGGUGUGGCGAAGUGCUGGGAUGCCCGAAGUGGCUCGGAGGCUGGGGAUGCUCAGGUUAGAACAGUGA